AUUUUGGUUGGUUUGACUGCGGGUCAGUUGAACAGAGUUUGUCUGUUGAGUUUACACUACACACUAGCCUUAUCAGUUGCUGCCUGUUCUUCUGCCUCCUGCUGACAGUCAGUAGCCGUUGUAUCGCUUGCUACUGUUCGAAGUAACUUGAGGUUAGCUUUGCAACGAACUGACAACUUAAGGAGUAAAAUACAAGCAUCCCACUUGUUGCUCGUCUUCAUGGACUCUGUUCAGAAAUUGGCUUCAGGGUUUACUCUGGACCUGGGACCAUUGAAAGAACCUCUUGGGUUUAUCCGUGUCCUAGAAUGGGUCUUCACCAUCUUUGCCUUUGCCACCACUGGAGGUUACUCUGGGUCAUCCCACUUUACACUCAUUUGCAAUGGAGCUGAAACGAAGGAUGUGAAUCCUGUGUUUGCCUACCCAUUCAGGUUGCCCAAAACCCCAUACCAGAUACCGUCAUGUAACGGCAGCAAACCAGAUGAUACCUACCUGCAGGGCGACUUCUCCUCCUCUGCAGAGUUCUUUGUGUGUGUUGGUGUGUUUGGGUUCCUGUAUUGCACCGCCACACUGGUCCUUUACCUGGGCUUCCAACACGUCUACCGCCAGACCUCCCGGGGUCCCAUCAUAGACCUUGUGGUGACCGCGGCCUUCGCCUUCCUCUGGCUCGUGUCCUCCUCAGCCUGGGGCAAAGGCCUGACAGAUGUGAAAUGGGCCACUAACCCAGAUCACCUAGUGAUGAAUGAUCAAUGCAAUAGCACCUGCAAACCAGGGGAGUUUCCUUCCAUGGGCCGCCUCAAUGCCUCUGUGAUAUUUGGCUUUUUGAACUUGAUCCUGUGGGCAGGUAACUGCUGGUUCAUUUACAAGGAGACUCCUUUCCACAAGGAUCCCAACCCACCAGCAACCAUGGAGGAAGAAGGGGCCCCCGGGCCUUAGCCACAUCACUGAGGGUCCUUAAUCAUAGCCCUGUGCCCACAGCUUUGUACCCAACACUGGUCUCUGAUGGAAACAUGCACAAAUGGAUACAAAAGGAAGGCAAUUGUCCCAAAUACGCCCCUCGAUCUCCCAACACGAGUCAAUGUACUAAUUUCUUUUAUUAAUCGGUCCUAACUGUAUGUAUUUUGGUGUUCAGAACAGCAGAGAAGCUAAUGCACACCUGUUGUUCUGUGCAAGAGUCCAGAGUAGGUAAGAGUUUCAUUAUGUAAUCUGUAAGAGGAAGUACAGUACAGAUUCCAAGUACUGUAAUUCUAAACACGUCAAUCACUUGACAUCACUUGAUUGAAGGUCAAUUAAAGUGAAUGCUCUUGUUUUCCUCCAGUUAAAGACAUGACUGAUACCAGAGCAUGUCCUCUUUUCUCUCUUCUGAACUCUGCCUACAGCUAAAUUAAACGCUUUGCAAAAUUCCCACUAAUGUUCUGAUCUACUGACACACACACACACACACACACACACACACACACACACACACACAGGUGUUCAAGUUUCAACACACUCUGAUUCUCUUGUGCCUUAAAAGAAUGCACUAAGUAAAAAGAAUAACACUACAAUCUACUGCACUUUUAUUGUGAAAGUGUCAUUUUGAGUUUCAUGUUGGUUGUGACAGCAUUUGUGACAGUUAUGUUUUAUUUUUCCAGAACAAGGCAGGUUCUCUGCAUGAUUACUGCUGCAGCUGUACAUGCCUUCCCAGUGGAGGGACCUGUUUCAUUUCUUGUUUGAUCAACAUGUUACAUUUACACUACUCCAUAACACCAAUGCUCUUUUUGAACCAUCUUUUGCAAAACGGACUUGCAGAGACAUUAUUUAUAGGCUUCAUAUGUAUUUUAAACUACAUUUAUUGGUUCCGUGGCAUAUUUUAGAACCAAUGUUGGGUUUCUGUUCGUAUUCCCCAAUGAAAAAGUGUUAGUGUAAAGCUUCUCCUUGAUUUAUUUUUGUAAUGUCAGAUUUGUUGUUAAACAUAUUCUACCACAGAGUAGCUUUGGCUUAAUCGUGUGAUGAUAAAUAGUUCAAAUAGCAAUUGUGGCAAAUUGUGUAAUUCUAUUGACCUGUGCCCAUAUUGCUGCUCUACAUGUAACUUUACCACCAAUGCCUUCCACUACAGGCUGCUGUAGUGACCUGCUACAGUGGAUGACAUGGCAUUGCACUAAGAGAAUGUAGUGAUCUCUAUGAAGUCACUGUUACUGGGCAACCUGUGCAGCAAGUCAUAUAUCUUCCACAUCAUAUUGAAAUUUGACACAUUAGUGAAAUGCUUGAUAAUUUUAGUUUAAUUAGAGCACAAUAAUAUGUUGAAUGCUUACAUAAUGGAUUAUUAAAUUUGGGCUUCAUGUAUUUUAUACCUUGUUGUGCAAAAGGAAACAAUGGUGCAUCUGUAUUUACAAGUGUAAAACAUGAGAGCUGUAACUUCUGGA